AUGUUGCAUCUUGUGGGCUUGGGUCUCGCAGACGAGAAGGACAUUACUGUCCGGGGAUUGGAGAUUGUCAAGAAGGCUGAGCGUGUCUACUUGGAGGCAUAUACGGCCAUCUUGUUGGUGGAUAAAGAGAAGCUUGAAGCCUUCUACGGCCGCCCCGUUCUCGAGGCUGACCGAGAGCUGGUCGAGACCGGCAGCGACGAGAUCCUCGCUGGCGCCGACAAGGUUGAUGUUGCCUUCCUAGUCGUCGGUGAUCCAUUCGGCGCAACAACCCAUACCGAUCUUGUUCUCCGUGCGCGCGAGUUGAACAUUCCUACCAAUGUCGUCCCCAAUGCCUCAAUCAUGUCCGGUAUUGGCUGCACCGGUCUACAGCUCUACAACUUUGGACAAACCGUCAGCAUGGUCUUUUUCACCGAGAACUGGAAGCCCUCCUCGUUUUACGACAAGGUCCGUGAGAAUGUCCAAAUCGGUCUGCACACGCUUGUCCUACUCGACAUCAAGGUGAAAGAGCAGUCUAUGGAGAAUCUCGCCCGUGGUCGUCGGAUCUUCGAGCCUCCCCGCUAUAUGACCGUCGCGCAAUGCGCGAGUCAGAUGCUGGAAACCGAAGAGACCAGGCAAGAGGGAGUCUACACGGAAGAUAGUUUGGCAGUGGGUGCGGCUCGUGUGGGUGCGCCAGACCAGAAACUUGUGGUGGGCACAUUGAAAGAGCUGAGUACUGUGGAAAUGGGUGCUCCACUACACAGUUUGGUCUUGCUGGGUCGGCGAACACACGAUCUGGAACGUGACUACAUCCGACAAUUUGCGGUCAACCAGGAGACUUUUGAUGCCAGCUAUGCGAAGAGCUAUGGGGCAUCCUCAUAA